AUGGGAAACCAGCUCGCUGGCAUUGCUCCCUCCCAGAUUCUUUCUGUGGAGAGUUAUUUCUCAGACAUCCAUGACUUUGAAUAUGAUAAGAGUCUGGGGAGUACUCGGUUCUUUAAAGUUGCCCGAGCGAAACACCGAGAAGGCCUGGUGGUUGUGAAGGUCUUUGCAAUUCAGGAUCCCACGUUGCCUCUCACCAGCUAUAAACAAGAGCUGGAGGAACUGAAAAUCAGGCUUCAUUCUGCCCAGAACUGCCUGCCUUUCCAGAAAGCUGCCGAAAAAGCUUCCGAGAAGGCAGCCAUGCUCUUCCGGCAGUACGUGCGAGACAACCUGUACGACCGCAUCAGCACCCGCCCCUUCUUGAAUAACGUCGAGAAGCGCUGGAUCGCCUUCCAGAUCCUCACGGCUGUGGACCAAGCGCACAGAUCCGGCGUCCGCCACGGGGACAUCAAGACGGAGAAUGUGAUGGUCACCAGUUGGAAUUGGGUUCUUCUAACGGAUUUUGCCAGUUUCAAGCCCACUUACCUUCCAGAGGACAACCCAGCAGAUUUCAAUUAUUUUUUCGACACUUCACGGAGGAGAACUUGUUACAUUGCUCCGGAACGUUUUGUCGAUGGCGGAUUGUUUGCCACAGAGUUAGAAUAUAUGAGAGAUCCUUCAACUCCACUUGUAGACUUAAACAGCAAUCAGAGAACAAGAGGAGAAUUGAAGCGAGCAAUGGAUAUCUUUUCAGCAGGUUGUGUGAUUGCUGAGCUCUUUACGGAAGGCGUGCCUCUGUUUGAUCUCUCUCAACUUUUGGCCUAUAGAAAUGGGCAGUUUUUCCCUGAACAGGUGCUGAGUAAAAUCGAAGAUCGCAGUAUCAGAGAACUGGUAACUCAGAUGAUUCACCGUGAACCAGAUAAGCGUUUAGAGGCAGAAGAUUACUUAAAACAGCAACGUGGCAAUGCCUUUCCUGAAAUAUUCUACACUUUUCUUCAGCCCUAUAUGGCCCAGUUUGCCAAAGAAACAUUUCUUUCAGCAGAUGAGCGUAUUCUGGUUAUAAGGAAGGAUUUGGACAACAUUAUUCACAAUCUCUGUGGACACGAUCUGCUGGAGAAAGCAGACGGAGAGCCCAAGGAGAAUGGGCUGGUGAUCUUGGUGUCAGUUAUAACGUCCUGCCUGCAGACCCUGAAAUACUGCGACUCCAAGCUUGCCGCUUUGGAACUUAUUCUCCAUCUGGCCCCAAGAUUAAGUGUAGAAAUUCUUUUGGAUCGUAUUACUCCUUAUCUUUUGCAUUUCAGCAAUGACUCUGUUCCCAGAGUAAGGGCCGAAGCCUUGAGGACGUUGACUAAAGUUCUUGCUCUUGUGAAGGAGGUUCCUCGCAAUGAUGUCAACAUUUACCCAGAGUACAUCCUGCCAGGCAUAGCCCACUUGGCCCAGGAUGACGCCACAAUUGUCAGGCUAGCCUACGCUGAGAACAUAGCUCUGCUGGCCGAGACAGCUUUGAGAUUCCUGGAGUUAGUACAGCUGAAAAAUCUCAAUAUGGAAAAUGACCCCAAUAGUGAAGAAGCAGAUGACGUCACACACCCCAAUGGAAACUAUGACACAGAGCUCCAAGCCUUACAUGAAAUGGUCCAACAGAAAGUUGUCACUUUGCUCAGUGACCCUGAAAAUAUCGUGAAACAAACCUUAAUGGAAAAUGGGAUAACACGGUUGUGUGUAUUCUUUGGACGUCAGAAAGCCAAUGAUGUUUUGUUGUCCCACAUGAUCACUUUCCUGAAUGAUAAAAAUGAUUGGCAUCUCCGUGGAGCUUUUUUUGAUAGUAUAGUUGGUGUCGCUGCCUAUGUUGGCUGGCAGAGCUCCUCAAUUCUCAAACCCCUGCUGCAACAAGGUCUUAGUGAUGCUGAGGAAUUUGUUAUUGUGAAAGCUCUUAAUGCCCUUACCUGUAUGUGUCAAUUAGGGCUGCUGCAAAAACCCCAUGUCUAUGAGUUUGCCAGUGAUAUUGCCCCCUUUCUGUGUCAUCCUAAUCUAUGGAUACGCUAUGGCGCUGUGGGAUUUAUCACCGUGGUAGCUCACCAAAUAAGCACAGCUGAUGUCUACUGCAAACUGAUGCCUUACCUUGACCCAUAUAUUACUCAACCAAUAAUACAGAUUGAAAGAAAACUUGUUCUACUCAGUGUUUUAAAAGAGCCAGUAAGUCGUUCUAUAUUUGAUUAUGCUUUGAGGUCUAAAGAUAUUACUAGCUUGUUCAGACAUCUUCACAUGCGUCAGAAGAAGCGAAAGGGGUCUCUUCCUGACUGCCCUCCACCCGAGGAUCCUGCCAUAGCACAGCUUCUGAAGAAACUGCUCUCCCAGGGAAUGACAGAGGAAGAGGAAGACAAGCUUUUGGCUCUGAAAGACUUCAUGAUGAAAUCUAACAAAGCAAAGGCCAAUAUAGUGGAUCAGAGUCAUCUCCAUGAUAGUAGUCAGAAAGGUGUAAUUGAUUUAGCAGCCUUAGGUAUAACUGGAAGACAAGUUGAUCUUGUUAAAACCAAACAGGAACCAGAUGACAAGCGAGCUAGAAAACAUGUCAAACAAGACUCAAAUGUCAAUGAAGAGUGGAAAAGCAUGUUUGGCUCGCUGGAACCACCGAGCAUCCAGCAGGCCCUGCCUAAAGGGAGUGACCAGGAGGUGAUGCCGGCUGGGAAGCCGCCGCGUUCCGAGUCCUCCGCUGGGAUCUGCGUCCCUUUGUCGGCUUCCCCGCAGGUUCCAGAAGUGUCAAAUGUCCAAAAUAGAAAACCAACAAUACAGGUUUUAAGUAGUACAAUUUUACCGUCCACGUACCAGAUCCGGAUCACAACCUGUAAAACUGAGCUUCAGCAGCUCAUACAGCAGAAACGGGAGCAGUGCAGUGCCGAGAGGAUAGCCAAGCAGAUGAUGGAAAAUGCCGAGUGGGAGAGUAAACCCCCACCACCUGGGUGGCGACCUAAGGGGCUCCUUGUGGCACAUCUUCACGAGCACAAGUCUGCUGUGAAUCGGAUCAGAGUCUCUGACGAGCAUUCGCUGUUUGCCACGUGUUCCAACGAUGGCACAGUGAAAGUCUGGAACAGUCAGAAGAUGGAGGGGAAGACCACCACCACCAGGUCUAUCCUCACGUAUAGCCGAAUCGGGGGCCGUGUCAAGACACUCACAUUCUGCCAGGGUUCCCACUACUUAGCCAUAGCGUCUGAUAAUGGUGCCGUCCAGCUUCUUGCGAUUGAGGCCUCUAAGCUGCCCAAGUCUCCCAAGAUUCAUCCUCUGCAAAGCAGGGUCCUAGACCAGAAGGAGGACGGCUGCGUGGUGGACCUGCAUCACUUCAGCUCCGGGGCGCAGUCUGUGCUGGCCUACGCCACUGUGAACGGCGCUCUGGUGGGCUGGGACCUACGCUCCUCCAGCAACGCCUGGACGCUGAGGCACGAUCUCAAGGCAGGCCUCAUCACUUCCUUUGCCGUGGACAUCCACCAGUGCUGGCUCUGCAUUGGCACGAGCAGCGGCGCCAUGGCGUGCUGGGACAUGCGCUUCCAGCUGCCCAUCUCCAGUCACUGCCACCCGGCGCGGGCCCGCGUCCGGCGUCUGUCCAUGCACCCGCUUUACCAGUCCUGGGUGAUCGCAGCUGUCCAGGGCAACAAUGAGGUGUCCAUGUGGGACAUGGAGACGGGCGACCGAAGGCUCACGCUCUGGGCCAGCAGUGCGCCCCCGCUGUCCGAGCUACAGCCUUCUUCUCACAGUGUCCACGGACUCUACUGCAGUCCUGCAGAUGGGAACCCCAUCCUGCUGACAGCGGGCUCAGACCUGAGAGUAAGGUUUUGGGACUUGGCCUACCCAGAGAGGUCGUACAUCGUUGCAGGGAGCACGAGUUCUCCAUCGGUGUCCUACUACAGGAAAAUCAUUGAAGGCACCGAAGUGGUCCAGGAGAUUCAGAACAAGCAGAAGGUGGGGCCGAGUGAUGACGGCCCGCGGAGGGGCCCGGAGUCCCUGCCCGUGGGCCACCACGACAUCAUCACGGACGUCGCCACCUUCCAGACCACGCAGGGCUUCAUCGUGACUGCCUCCAGGGAUGGCAUUGUUAAGGUGUGGAAGUGA